GUUAACAUGACCGCUAGGUCCAUUAUCCAGCCGCAUCGGUCAGGAGCAGCGCUGUAUCUCACGAGAUAGCAAGCCCUCGCCCCCAGAAACCUUCUGGAGAGGAGCUCUGCAACAAUCAAAACCGGAAACCCCACCGCUGGCCGGCCCCAUGCGAAGAUGUGCGACAGCCCCAAGAUAAAGACGAGCACACCUACCAAGAAGAAGCCCGAGGACGACGACGAGGAGAAGAAGGAGCCGCCCCUGACGCCGUCGCAGCGCAAGCGCUCGGAAGAAGAAAUCAUCCUCAGCGCGCCCGCGUCCGCGCAGUCCGCCAAGAGCAAAGAGAGCCCGGAGAAGGAGCCCAAGUCCAAAAAACAAAAGCGCCAGUCGGAAAAACUCAAGUGCAUUUCCUCGCCGAAGCCGAUAGGUAUAUAGAAUGUCAUCGAUAGGGGCGAGAAAGCAGCUGAAAGCAGCUUUACAUCACGAACAGGUGGCCAAGUCGUUACUCGCUCGGUUCCGCAUCGAGAACGCCCCGUCCCUCAAAUAUGCGGAAGCGCGCGAGCGCUACGACCGAGCGGCGCGCGCCUACGCGGCCGCGGGCAAGCCCGAGCGCUGCGCCGACGCCUACGGCAAGUGCGCCGACAUGUCUGCAAGGCUCAGUCGGGGUGCGACCGCCGAGGCCGUCGAAUACCAUGUCCGGUGCGGCGAGCUGAGCGAGGCCAAUGAUCCUGAUCGAGCAAGAGAUCAUUAUGCGGAGGCCUGCGACCAGUGCUGCGACCUAGGUAGCUGGGCCACUGCCGCGGAGCUGCGACAUCGCGUGGCCCGCUUAGCAGCACGAGACGCGCAGGACGACGAGGAGGGCUGGUCUGAAAGAGUGCUCCUAUUGAGGAGCGCGGCGGACAUGUACGGCGCCGCGGCGCGGCGGCUGCACGACGAGACGAAAGCGGCAAAGAUGCGCCUCUGCAAGCUCGAGGCGGCGGCCAUCGAGGCCUUGCAGCUCAAGUUGUACUCGCGCGCGGCGGAUGCGUUUGAGGCCGUCGCGACGGAGGUCGUCCAGGACAAUUUGACGGCUGCGAACGCGACUCGACUAUUCUUCAAAUCAGCACUAUGCAGCUUAGUAGGCGGCGAGCACGACUUGAUGCGCGGCAAGGUCGAAAUCUUCGCUAAAAGAGAUCCGGUCUUCGGCGCGUCGCCGGAAAAGCUGUUCUUGGUGGAUGCCAACCGGUGCGCCACCGCCGAAGGGCUGCCGGACUACGAUACCUUCGCCGACGCCGCCUACAACUUCUGCACCGUGCGUUCAUUGGACGCGUGGGACCUGUCCAUGCUCAAGGUCUUGAACGACGACAUGCGCGUGAAAUACGACGCCUACUGGUCUAGGGUCAAGCGGCGUGCGGCGCGCGAGAAGCGCCGCGCGCAGAAGCGCAAGGAGGAAGAAGAAAGGCAGGCGCGCAUGAAGCGCGACGAAGCCCGGAAAAAGAAGGACAAGGAGGACGAGUACCUCUAGCUUGUCGUCUCUGCGCCUCGGCGGCGCCGGCGGCGUCUCGCGCCAUCGAGCAGACGCCUCUGUCUCUUCGCCUCGGCGGCGGCGCCGUAGUCGCUGUCGUCGGGUAAUCAGUUGAAACUGA